AUGGAUAAAUCUCUAUUGUUAUCUAUUUUUAAUAAUUUUGUUUUAAAUAAAUGUAUUUUUAGAAAUGUUACAUCUUAUUCUAGUAAAACUAUACCAGAGAAAAGAUAUAAAUGGGAUGAGUUAAUUACGAAUCCAAAGGUGAUGGCAGGCAAUGGAUAUCUACAACUUUUAAAACAAUAUCUUCAAUCAAAUCCGAUCAAUACAAUCAAGGAUGUUUCGAUCUUUUUUAUUCUAAAAAACGCAGUUACAGCAGGUAGUUUAGAUAUAUUAAAGUAUUUCGUUGAAGAUUUAAAGAUCAAAAGAGAAUUGUUAUGCUUUCCGGUGGAUGAUUGUGACAGUGACGAUGAUGUGAGAGAGGAUCUUUUGCAGGUUGCUGCAAAUUUCGGAAAGAUGGAUAUCAUUCAAUAUCUCGAGAGUUUAGAUGAUAUUAAAGAUCAAUUCAACUAUGCAAAUGCCAUGCUUCAAUCUGUAUUUAGUGGAGAUAUCGAAUUGUUAAAGUAUUUCUCUUCCAAAGUACCGCCAAUAUCAUUCUACAAAUCACAUAGAGUCUUUGAUUUUGCAGCUUUCGCUGGACGAUUGGACAUGAUAGAAUGGUUGGCAAAGCACAGAAAAAAAGAUAGAAAAAACAAUUCAAUGUAUUUCCAAGCAAUCCGUGGAAAUCAUAUUCAUAUCUUGGAUUAUCUUAAGAAAGUGAAAAAAGAAAAAUAUCCAUCUUCAUAUCAUGAUAAUCUUUACACUAAAGCUGCUAUUUACGGAACUUUAGAUACAAUUAAAUGGUUGCACAGAAACGAAAUCGAUGGAUGUACCACUGAUGCUAUGGAUUGUGCACUUUCGGCUGGUAAGAUCGAUAUUGUAAAUUAUUUAAACAAGAACAGAACUGAGGGAUGUUCAGAAGAUGGAAUGGGUUAUGCUAUAGAGAGUGGCAAUAUUCAAAUUAUUGAAUGGUUUAAAAAAAAUCGAACUGAAGAGUCUAUAAGUUAUUCAAUGGGUAUGGCUAUUAGAAGAGGACAUUACAAUAUUUUGCGAUGGUUGAAUUCGAAUCGUAAUGAAGAAUUAUUAGAGAUGGCAUUGGAAGAGGCAGCACAGAAUGGAUAUUUAGAAUUAGUUAAAUUCUUUUUGGAGAAUUCGACAGAGAUUUGUUCGAAACAAGCGAUGGACUUAGCAGCUUUAAACGGUAGAACUGAGGUGGUAAAGUGGCUACACGAGAAUCGAACAGAAGGUUGUACUACUCUUGCAUUGGAUGGUGCGUUAAGUAGAAAAGAUAUGAAGUUGGCUAAAUGGUUAUUUGAAAACAGAUCUGAAGGAUUCUCAAUCCACUGUUUGGGAAAUGUUACAGCUGAUGGUGAUUUGGAAACUGUCAAAUGGGUUUAUUCAAAUCAGACUCAACAACAUGAAGGUUCAGCAAUUGAUUCUGCAGCUUUUGGCAAGAAUUUCCAAAUUGUGAAAUGGUUCCAUGAGAAUACAAAUGAAACAUGUACUCGACAAGCAAUGGAUUGUGCUGGAUCCACAGGCGAUUUAGAAUUGAUUCUUUGGUUUCAUAAUAACAGAACAGAAGGUUGUUCAACAUCAUGCAUGGAUAAUGCAGCAUCUGGAAAUCAUUUAAAAGUUGUAAAGUGGCUUCAUGAAAAUAGAACAGAAGGUUGUUCUCCUGCUGCUGUAGACUUGGCAGUGAUACAUGGACAUACAAAAACUGCUAAAUGGUUGCUUAAGAAUAGAACAGAAGGUUGUUCCAAAAUUGGAGUUAAAGCUGCAAAAAAGUUUAAAAGAUUUACACUUUUACCAUUGUUAAUCAAGAAACAAGUAGAUAAAUAA